AGAACAAAGUCAUCUUCAUUUAUUUCUGUUUCCAAUCACAGGUAAAAUAAGUCACAAAAUCUUAUAUUUUAUUACAAUGCCAUUGUUCUGUUUUUGAAGUCCUGGAAGAGGUAAUAACAGAACCCCGGAACUCAGCCACUUCGCCCAGGUUAGACCCCUACUCAGCAACUCCAGUGCUGAGUACAGGAGACCGAGCGCCGUGGGCCCCCGGCCAGAACCGGCAAGACGCUCUCGCGAGAGCCUUCCAACCGCCGUGAGCUCUCGUGAGCACUAGUUCUCUUCUAUCUCAGCGCCCCUACAGGUCAGCACCUCCCCGCCGGCUCCCUCCGCUACCGCGGGCCGGAACUUUUGUCGAUAGGAACGGGUUUGCACAGUUGAGUGUUGUCGGCCGGCGUGAAGGAGACUAGGGGGCCAUCCUCUUCCUUUCGCCGUCGCCGCCGCGGAGCGGAGUCGAGCCGAGCUGAUUUGAUCGAGGAGCGCGGUUACAGGACGGGCUGGGUCUAUGGUCGCUCCGCGGGCCGCUCCGCCGGCUGGUGCUUUUUUAUCAGGGCAAGCUGUGUUCCAUGGCAGGGAACUUUUGGCAGAGCUCCCACUAUUUGCAAUGGAUUUUGGAUAAACAAGAUCUGUUGAAGGAGCGCCAAAAGGAUUUAAAGUUUCUCUCAGAGGAAGAAUAUUGGAAGUUACAAAUAUUUUUUACAAAUGUUAUCCAAGCAUUAGGUGAACAUCUUAAAUUAAGACAACAAGUUAUUGCCACUGCUACGGUAUAUUUCAAGAGAUUCUAUGCCAGGUAUUCUCUGAAAAGUAUAGAUCCUGUAUUAAUGGCUCCUACAUGUGUGUUUUUGGCAUCCAAAGUAGAGGAAUUUGGAGUAGUUUCAAAUACAAGAUUGAUUGCUGCUGCUACUUCUGUAUUAAAAACUAGAUUUUCAUAUGCCUUUCCAAAGGAAUUUCCUUAUAGGAUGAAUCAUAUAUUAGAAUGUGAAUUCUAUCUUUUAGAACUAAUGGAUUGUUGCUUGAUAGUGUAUCAUCCUUAUAGACCUUUGCUCCAGUAUGUGCAGGACAUGGGCCAAGAAGACAUGUUGCUUCCCCUUGCAUGGAGGAUAGUGAAUGAUACCUACAGAACGGAUCUUUGCCUACUGUAUCCUCCUUUCAUGAUAGCUUUAGCUUGCCUACAUGUAGCCUGUGUUGUACAGCAGAAAGAUGCCAGGCAAUGGUUUGCUGAGCUUUCUGUGGAUAUGGAAAAGAUUUUGGAAAUAAUCAGGGUUAUUUUAAAACUAUAUGAGCAGUGGAAGAAUUUCGAUGAGAGAAAAGAGAUGGCAACCAUUCUUAGUAAGAUGCCGAAACCAAAACCACCUCCAAACAGUGAAGGAGAGCAGGGUCCAAAUGGAAGUCAGAACUCUAGCUACAGCCAAUCUUAAAACAUUCCGAAGAAUUCCGUAGUGGACCACUUGGAAAUAAACCAUUGGACAGAUUUCAGUAAUGUCUUCAGUGGAACACAAAUGAAAAUGAAUAGCUUGUUUCUGUCAAGCAUAUUGGAAAGUGAUUUUAUUUUUGCAAAAUAAGUUUUUCUUUAAUAUGAUUCUAGUACAUAAUUGAUUAAAAUCUCUUGAUUAUAAAUGUUUGGAAAGGUUCUAAGGGGACCUACAGACAGACAUACAUAGACAUUUCAAAAUUAAUAGCUUUUGAUUAGUAUAAUAUUUCUUAAUUUGGAUAAUAAAAAUUGUAGCUUUUUAUUAAGCCAGGAAACAUGAAGCAUAAUUUGUUUAAAAUUCUCUUUGGUCGUUGAGGGACCAAAAAAGGACGUAAAAUUUACAGUCAAUAUAUGAGGGGUUUUUUCCCUCUGUAAGUUUAACUUUAAAACUGUAUUUAAGGAAUCAAAUCUUACAAAAUCCUGGAAGAUUUUGGUAAUGAUGUUGAUAAUUUCAGGGAAAUUAAUCAAGUACCUAUAUUGAUUUAAAAGUAUAUUUUACUCAAUAGUUUGAGGAUCUUGCCAUGGAAGAUACUAGCCCAGCCUAGCAGAAAAGUGCAAUAUGUAUAGCAUACUUUGACAUUUUAAACGUUAUAGUCCAUAACCAUUUUGAAAUGCUGGGCAAACUACAUGAAGUUAUUUAUAAUUAAUUCACAGCUAAUCAGGCAUUUUGAAAGCUUAAUUGGAUUCAAAACCCAUAAUGUUGGAAUUUGGUAAAAUUUUAACGUUGAUUUUUACUGUGAAAAGUUUUUUAUAAGAUAUACACACCCUAGUUUAAUGUUGUGUCUUGGUGUGGAUUUACAAAUUUACUACAGGUAUUCUGAACCAGGAACACAAUCAGGUUUCAGGCCAGUUUGAUACUGGCUAUCCUUAAUUCUAAUACGAGAGUAGGACAUCAUACUAAAUGUUAUGUCAGUGGGACUGUACUGUCUGUGGAACUUAGCAAAUUAAUCAUUUUCUUCAGACUUGAAGGAGAGUAAGAAAUAAAAUUUGGAGUCAUAGGAUAUUGAUGUACAAUUUAAGGAUUAAACAUUUUUAAUCAAUUGUGGAUGAUGGCUUAUUAAAUUAAAUGUUGACUUCCUAGUAUAAAACUGCAAGAAUAAAAGUAACUUCUCCAGCUGUA